CGUAUCGCUACGUUAAGUCUCUCGUUACCUUGCAAUGGCUCGUACUAAGCAAACUGCUCGUAAGUCGACUGGUGGAAAGGCUCCACGCAAACAACUGGCUACCAAAGCCGCUCGUAAGAGUGCGCCAGCCACCGGAGGAGUCAAGAAGCCUCAUCGUUACCGUCCCGGCACAGUAGCUCUCCGUGAAAUUCGUCGCUACCAGAAGAGCACGGAACUUCUCAUCCGUAAACUCCCAUUCCAACGUCUGGUUCGUGAAAUCGCCCAAGAUUUCAAAACUGAUCUCCGAUUCCAGAGCUCAGCUGUGAUGGCUCUCCAGGAAGCCAGCGAAGCCUACUUAGUUGGUCUCUUCGAAGACACCAACCUCUGCGCCAUCCACGCCAAGCGUGUCACCAUCAUGCCCAAGGACAUCCAGUUGGCUCGUCGUAUUCGAGGAGAACGUGCCUAAGUUAUCCUAACUUCCCAAACUAAUAAACCAAACGGCCCUUUUCAGGGCCAUCAAAUUUUUCAAACUAAGAAUAUUUAACUCGUUUCUAAUUUACUUUACUAAUUACGAUUUAGAAAAAAAAUACUAUAUUUAACCUGAUUUCCCCACAAUGUGAAACAUGUUUUCUUUCCAUCGACCACAGCUUAAUUAUACCAGUGCAAUUGCUUCGAGAAUUCAGGUAACUUGAUUGUUAUAUUCCCACUUAUCCCGUAUUCUCAAUUACCUUGAAAAUUAUUUGACCAUAGUAAUCAGAAUCCAAGGCUGACUGUUGUAGGGAAAAUUUCUUAUUAAUUAUUAAUUAUUAUUUUCAUAGAUUAGUCUAUUAAAAAAUUUUAUUAGUCUCAAUACUUCAGUGCUAAAACGACAUGCAAGUGAAUUUGAUUUACAGAAUUGUUUCUUAUUUAUCAUUCCGGGUGUAACAUGUAUGUACAUGAAUUUAUGAAAUCUUAUUCAACAGACUCAUUCCUGAUUGAGAAUUCCUAUUGACAAUAUAAACAAAUUGAUAUUUAACGGUAAUAAAUCCGAUUAAUUUUAUAAACUAUAACUUUCGUACAUAAAUAAUGAACCUUUGUUAUUUAUGUAUGCACGACCUUUACAAGGUAUUUUAUGGCUCAAACUUGAUAAAUUAAUGAUUCUUAUACCUAAAAAAUGUAAUCGAGAUAGAGCCUUUAUUUGUAUAGA